AGCGAUUCUGGCUCAAGCUCGAAGCACCUCGACCUGCGGCGUCUCUUCUGCAACUUUUUGUCGCAUCGUAAUGGUACACAUCGCCACGUUUUUGGGGUCCGACUCGGGCGUGCUCUCGGCGUGUCGUCGACAUGCUGGGACGCAGAUGGACCGCUGCGAGACCGCCGAUACGGUGUCAACGGCAUCUUCAGCUCAGGUGGACCGCCGCGUGCUUGACGAUUCGGUGGCCACGGCAGCCUCAGAUGAGGCCUUGCUCAAGCGUGAGGCCUCGGGACUCUCAGGCGUCCACGAGAGCGUGGCCCUCUCGGUCUUCUACUACGAGCCAAGCCCGGGCACCCCCGAGGCGGGCGCGGACGCCGGCCCCAGGCAGCGCGCUGCGCAGAGGCGCGACCGUCUCAAGCGGCGGCAUCUCGGCGAGCAGGCCGGGCACCCGGACGGCAUCCUGUGCGAGCACCUCAUGGGCUUCUGCAGCUCCGACUGCAGGAUCUGCGGGGAGGGCCCCCCCCUCGCGGCCGAGGCCUCGCCGGCCGCAGCCCCACCGUGGCCCGCCGCCUGAGGGCCCUCGGCGGGCGGCGCGAGUCGUUGUCCACCCGAGAUGAGCGAAACACAUUCGCUCAGCAUUUGGUGACCCAUUCUGGUGUCGCUGGACACGCUCUGCUCUUCUUGACUGCAGUUUACAGUAAGUCCGUUGUAACCCGCAGGCGGUGCACUGUGCACCAUUUUCCCUUCGCCCGCCUCUUCGGGCAGGUUGUAAUUCAUGCAUAUGACGGUGACUUGGCCAGGGGAGCCUGUACCCAAAACCAGGGUCGGCGGAUUUCAUGGAUGCCCGACUCGGUGGAGCCUGGAACCCUUCGCAGCGGUUCCGCCACAGCGGUCUGGUUCAUGAUUCCCGGAGGUCAAGUGGUCGUGUGCAUCAUUUCUUUCGCCAAGUUGCGAUGAGUUUCUAAUGUGCACGUAGACCUUUCCUCCAAGUCGAGAGCCCACGAUGGCCGCUGCGGGGUCAGCAGCGAGGCCCUCCCAGCACCUCAUCGUGCCAACACUCGAAGGAGUGCUGGCCUCGUCCGGUUUCGCCUCGCCCGAGGAGGCUCGCGCUCGUGGCCGCCGUGCUGUGGCAGAGAGGGCGGCGAGGGCCGCUCAGCGACGGGAGGUCGACCCCUAGCCCACGGGGCUGAGCUGGGGCCGAGGCUUUUGCCUCCUUGUGGGACCCUCCUGGGCGUCGUGCGCGUGCGGCGUCCCUUUGAAAUUCAUUUGCGACCAGGCGCCCCGGGGUCCGAUGCACCCCACACGGCCCAACACGGAGUCCAGAUAGUUCCAGA